AUGGAUGGUACACAUGCCACCUCCAUUCAAGUUUUAUUAAGUUUAGAAUUUGAUACCAUGCCAGCUAUAGGCCUUCAAGUAAUGUUAACUGGAGUAACCACACAAACAGUUCAGAACUUUGAGGAAAAGGCAGUGAUGAAUUUUUUUAUUGAAGAGUAUCUUGGAAAUAGAGAACCUAAGGAUUUUUGGAUCGAGAUGAAGCAUGAAAUCAACAAUCAAUAUCUCACAAAUAAAACCAAUACAAUAAAUUUGAGUGGCAGGUUAACAAUAGCUACCUUAAUAGGUUCCAUGAAAUACAAACUUUCAGUUAUUGACCCUAUAACUUCCCAAGAGACUGAAUCAGAAAAACACAUUUUAGAGCUGGUUGACAUGUCUAUACUUUCAACCAACCGUUCAGAAGAAAAUAGGAGAUCCUUGAAUGUUCCCUGGUCAAAUAAUUCUAGAAGAACUAAUAGAUCAAUUCGUGGUGUCACACCAAGAACUUUAACAAGAAGGGGCUGUACAACAUUAGCUCAAAUGGGUUCAACUGUGAGAGCAACAUUGGAUGCAAAUCCAAUUCCUAACAUGAAUACUAAUCAACAAAUCCCAUCAAAUCAAUCUUCACCAGAUCAACCUUCAUCAUCAAUUCAACAAGAUAAUGAUGAUAAUUAA